UACGAGGACGACCGCGCGCCCGCCGCCGCGGGAGCGCCGGUACGCCGCCGCGCGGGCCGGCACAAGCUGCCGCCCACGCCCGCCGCGCCCAGCCCGCUGCUCUCCGCCACCGGCGGCUACUUCAGCGCCUCGCAGGACUCGUACGCCUACGCGGAAGCCUACGCCGCGACCCCCGCCAAGGCCGCCAACGACCCCUACGCGGCCCUCGACGGCUACGGGGACGUGGACGCCUACGCCAAGCAGGCGGUGGCCGACCCCUAUGCCAAGCAGGCGGCGGACGCCUACGCCAAGACCAACGUCGACGCCUACGGGAAAACGGCUGUGGACGCCUACGGCAAACAGGUUGUGGAUGCGUACGAUAAAACGACGGUAGAUGCCUACGGCAAACAGACAGUAGACGCGUAUGGAAAACCAACGGUAGAUGCGUACGGGAAAACGGCAGUAGACGGGUAUGGAAAGACGAUUGUAGACGGGUACGUAGAUGGGUACUCCACCGCCGUGGAUGGUUACGGGACAGGAAUGGAUGGUUACGGAACGACGGUCGACGGUUACGGCAAAACAACCGUCGACGGGUAUGGAACGACGGGGACAGUGGACAGUUACGGAAAAACGGGUACCGUCGACGGGUAUACAACGGCGGUGGACGGGUAUUCCACAGGCGUGGACGGAUACACAACAAGUGUGGACGGGUACGGACCUGUGGUGGACGGUUACGGGAACACCGUGGACGGGUACGGCAACACCGGUGUAGCGGACGGGUACCCGGGGUACACAGGAGUCGUGACCACCACCUCCACAGACAUCUACAGCAUGUACAACACUUCGCAGGAAACGUACACCAUGUCGCAGGACGCGUACAGCUCGCAGGAUUACAGCACGUCCCAGGACUACGCC